CUUUUAGAAAGCGCUUUUAAAUAUAGACCUUAGUCAGCGCUUUUGAUAAAGCGCUGUCUAAAGUCUUUAAAUUAAAAAAAAAAUUAAAACCAAAAGCGCUGUCUAAGGGGGGGUUUAGAAAGCGCUUUUGGAAAGCGCUGUCUAAGGCAUACCUUAGAAAGCGCUUUCCACAAAAGCGCUGUCUAAGGUCUAAUUAAAAUAAAAUUUCAGACUCCAUUUCAAUUUUCGUUCUCUGUUCUUUUGUUUUCCCUCCUGCGAACGUUGAAACCCUAUCAGCGAAAACCAUAACAGCGAACACGAAUACACUUCCAUUUUUCGGUUUCAAUCAUUGAACGUGUUUGAAGAAUCGUACGUGUCUCGACAUUUGGGUGUUGACUUCGUUUUUCAUUUCUACUGUUCUUCAUUUCUUGCGGUAUGUUCUUCAAUAUUUCUUCAUUUCUUCGUUUCUACUGUAUAAUCUUGUUGAGAAUGUUGAGAAUGUUUAUAAUCUUGUUGAGAAUGUUUAUAAUCUUGCGGUAGUUUACUAAUGUUGAGAAUGUGCAUAAUCUUGUUGACUGAGUUUAGUGUAUUAUUCUUGUUGAAGUUGUUUUGAUUCAUAAAAACUGAGUUUAGAAGUUGACAAUAGAAAAAUGUUGAUGUUUGUAAGGAAAACAAUAAGGUACAUUGUUGUUGUUAUGUUUGAUUAGAAAACUGAGUUCAUAAGGUACAUUGUUGUUGUUAUGUUUGAUAAGUAAUAAUGUUGAUAAUAGAAAAAUGUUGAUAAUAGAAUAAUGUUGAUAAGAGAAAAGUAAUGGAAGAAAAAGUUUGAUUCUUGUAAUAGAAAAAAUGAAAGUGAUGAGGUAAUUAAAGUUGUUAUGUUUGAUAAGUAAUAAUGUUGUAAUAGAAAAUUAAAGUUAGUUAUAGAAAAAUUAACGUGUUAUAGGUAUAGUUAUAGGUAUAUUGUAAUAGAAAAAGUUUGAUUCUUGUAAUAUAAAAAAUGAAAGUGAUGAGGUAAUUAAAGUUGGUAUAUUGGCGUAUCGGAUACGUUAUUGAAGUUUAUAUUAACAUUGGUUAUGUAUAGGUUUUUGAAGUUUAAAAUGAAUUGAACUUUAUAAUUGUUAGGAUAUUCAAAGAUACUACCUUAGUUAUGUAUUUUCGUCUUAAUUGUUUACUUUAAUAAGUAGGAAAACCAUGGAUAAAACAUGGAUCUGUGCCGAUCGAAUGACCAAAGAGUAAGAGAGUGGGGUUACGGAAUUCGUUAAGUAUGUUGUUCAACACGCUGAAAACCCCAGACGAAUGCAUUGUCCUUGCUUGCGUUGUUGUUAUAUUGGUAAGGUUGACGCACAUGGAUUGAAAUCGCAUUUGCUGAGGCAUGGAAUUGAUCAAAGUUAUCAGUGUUGGAUAUUUCAUGGUGAGAAAAUUAACGAGAAUGUUGAAUCGAGUGGAAAAAGUAAUACGACCUAUGCUUCAUACGACAAAGACACGGAAACAUACGAUUGUGAUCGAGUUGAAGAGAUUGUAGAAGCACUGGAAGAAGAUCUUCAUGAUUGUCCUGAAAUGUUUGAGAGGAUGGUAAGCGAUGCAGAGAAACCGUUGUACAAAGGUUGCACUAAAUUCUCAAGACUUUCUGCGGUAUUAAAGUUGUACAACUUAAAGGUGGGCAAUGGAUGGUCGGAUAAAAGUUUCACAGAGUUGUUGGCCCUUAUGAGAGAAAUGCUACCGGAUGAUAAUGUUCUUCCUAAUCGAACCUAUGAGGCAAAAAAAUGUUGUGCUCUAUUGGCAUGAGCUAUGAUAAGAUACAUGCUUGUCCUAACGAUUGCAUUUUGUUUCGUAACGAAUAUGCAAUGUUAACUGAGUGCCCUAAAUGCGGUUUGUCUCGAUAUAAGAAAAGAUUAUCUCCCGCAAAAGUCUUAUGGUAUUUUCCGAUAAUUCCGAGAUUUAGGCGCAUGUUUCAUAGUGAAACCGAUGCAAGACAUCUUACUUGGCAUGCAAAUGAAAGAAUUAUUGAUGGAAAGUAUCGGCAUCCGGCUGAUUCACCACAGUGGUCGAAGAUUGAUAAUGAUUAUCCUGAGUUUGGAUCAGAAGCAAGAAACCUUCGAUUGGCAUUAUCUACUGAUGGAAUGAACCCACAUGGUCUUCAAAGUAUCUCACAUACCACAUGGCGUGUGAUUCUUAUGAUUUAUAACCUACCUCCGUGGCUAUGUAUGAAGCGUAAGUACAUGAUGUUAUCUAUGUUAAUCUCUGGGCCUAAACAACCAGGGAAUGACAUAGACGUAUACUUGACACCUCUGAUCGAAGAUUUAAAGAUUUUGUGGGAGAACGGUGUGGAGGUUUAUGAUGGAUAUAGGAAAGAAAGUUUCAAUUUGAGGGCGAUGUUGUUUGGCACAAUUAAUGAUUUUCCAGCAUACGGGAAUCUAUCUGGGUAUAGCAUUAAAGGUCAACGUGCGUGUCCUGUUUGUGAAGACGGAACCGAUACGAUUCGAUUGGAACUUUGCCAGAAGAAUGUGUUUCUCGGUCAUAGUAGAUUCUUACAUUCUAAACAUCACUACCGUGGGUGGAGAAAAGCAUUCAAUGGAGACACCGAACAUCGUAGAGCUCCACCCGCAUUGUCAGGUGAACAAGUUUUUGAAAAGGUGAAAGAUGUGCGUACUGAGUUUGGCAAGCCUUUUGCACAUAAGAUUGUGAAAGGUGGGUGGAAGAAAAGGUCGAUAUUUUUUGAAUUGCCAUAUUGGAAGUCUUUGUACGUGAGACAUUUUCUCGAUGUUAUGUAUAUUGAAAAAAACGUAUUUGAAAGUGUUAUCGGUACAUUACUCAAUAUAAAAGGCAAGUCUAAGGAUGGCCUUAAAGCAAGGGAGGACAUGUUAAAAAUGGGAAUGAGAACUGAAUUAGCACCCGUGAAGAAAGGAAGACGAACAUAUCUACCACCUGCUGCUUUUACUUUAUCUAGAAAGGAGAAAAAAAAUUUGUGUAAGUCUCUGAGUGAAGUUAAGGUUCCAGAAGGAUACUCAUAUGAUAUCAGAAGACUUGUUUCUAUGAAAGACCUCAAGUUGAAGAAUUUGAAGACACAUGAUUGCCAUGUUAUAAUGGAACAUUUUCUACCGAUAGGUAUACGUUCUAUUUUGCCAGAAAAAGUAAGAAGUGCCAUAACUAAAUUGUGUUUUUUCUUUAGGUCAAUUUGUAGUAAGGUGAUCGAUCCCGAGAUCUUACCAACACUACAAAAAGAGAUUGUAAUUACCUUGUGUGAGCUUGAAAUGUAUUUUCCUCCGUCUUUUUUUGACAUAAUGGUUCAUUUAGUUGUACGGUAUAUGAAAAUAUUAAAAGGGUACGUGAAAUCCCGAAGUCGACCAGAGGGUUGUAUUGUUGAACGAUACAUUGUUGAAGAAGCUGUUGAAUAUUUGUCUAACGUUCAAUCAAUUGGACUCCCCAGAGCUCAGAUUUUCGACAAAAUGGAAGGUAAAAAAUUAAUUGGGAAUAAAAUUGUGACAAUAUCAAGGGAUGAACGGGAUCAAGUUCAUUUGUAUGUUCUGCACAAUAAUAAUGAGGUUGAGCCAUAUGUUGAAAUGCACAAGGAUGUACUCCGAAGGUUAAAUCCGAACAGAAAUGAAAAUUGGAUAGUUAUAGAGCACAACCAAAGUUUCAUACAAUGGUUGAAGGAUCAUAUUUAUUUGAAGCGCUCUUCAGAUCCUUCUUCGGUAACAGAAAUGUUGAGAUGUUUGGCAUAUGGUCCAAGUUUGCAUGUGUUUUCUCAUAGCGCAUAUUCAAUUAAUGGAUACACAUUUUAUACCAAAGAACAAGAUGAUAAGAGUACUAUGCAAAAUAGUGGUGUCACCGUGCUAGCUGAAGCAAUGCAUAUAUCAAGUAUGAAGGAUUUAAACCCCAAAUAUGCAAAUUUGUCAUAUUUUGGAGUUAUUGAGCACAUUUGGGUGUUUGAUUACGAGAAGUUUCAGAUUCCCAUCUUUGGUUGCAAGUGGGUGAAUAGUAGUGGCAUACGAAUGGAUAAGUCUGGAUUUUUGCAAGUUGAUCUUACUAGGGUGGGGUACAAAGAUGAACCUUUUAUUCUAGCAUCUCAAGCUAAACAAGUGUUCUAUGUGAAUGACCCGAAGAGUACAAAAUGGUCUAUAGUGCUUUUCUCUAACAAAGUGACUGAUGAUAGCGGUGUCGAUCAAUGUGAUAUUGAUGUUGAGAAUGAGUCAUGCAUUAGACGGAAUGAGUUGAAUAGAAAUGAUGAAGUUGAGGAUAUAUAAGAAACGAUCAUAAUGAGGGAAUUUGGAUCAAUUCAUCCGUACGCAUUGCUAAGAAACAAGUGAUUAAUAUUCCAACAAAGAAAAGAAAGAGAUGUUAGUGACUUAGGUUAGACAUGGCUGAUGACCAACAUGAGGAAGUUAGUAAAAAAGUAUCCGCGGAAGAAGAAAUUCGAAGAGGCAUCACAGUAAUAAGAAGGGUGGUCCAAGGAAGAUCUCGAGGCAUCAUACUAGAUGUCUAUUGGAGCAACCAGGGAC